CUGCCCACACAGCUUUUAUAACUUGGACAGAGUCUGCACGCAGUCUCUUAGUGGCUCGAGUUUCGUAAAAGUGGCGAUUCUCCAGUGUUUACAUUUUAAAUACCGCGUAGGCGUUGAUCAACUCUAAUUGAACAAGUGAAUUCACUGAAAUGCGGUGUGCGAUAGUGCUGGUGUGUCUGGUUCUGGCGAAUUCGUGGACCGCUUCCUCGACGCCGAAAUCUGGCAUUUACCUCGAUAACGGGUUUGACCAAACUGCGAUGGAAAGGCUCAUGACGGUGGAUGAGAAGAAGGAGAUGGAGUUGGAGAUUUUGAACCUCCUAGGGCUACCCCGUCGACCAAGGAAAGUGAAUAGAAAGCCUCUGAACAAGUCGGCGUUGAAAUUUCUUCUCGACAUCUACGAAUCCUUGUUGGAGGAGGAGCACGAGGGGAAAACCAGGAGGAAACGUAGUACGGAUGUUUACAUUAGCGGGGAGGAACAAAACAAGAUCGACGAAAGUGAUGUGAUAAUGACUUUUGAAAGUAGCAGUAACCAUGUACCUGGCGUUAGACACGAAAGGGGUAAACGACUUUGGUUCAACGUUUCGGAUGUUCCUGUUGCUGAAGAUAUUGUGGGAGCCGAACUGAAGAUUCAUAAAACUUCUGGAAAAUAUACUAAGAAUCCGGACUAUAAGUAUACAGUCACCAUUUACCAACUGAUUAAAACUGACGAUGGAGAAAGAGAACUAGAAUAUAUCUCUGCACAAAAUACCACUUCGGGUUUCACCGGAUGGAUAAGUCUCAACGUAACUGCCUGUCUAGCUACUUGGGUGGCUUUCCCGGAUUCCAAUAAGGGUUUUUACCUUUCAGUACAUCCUGCAGACAAGCCAGGUCAUGAGAUCCGACCUGAAGAUCUGGGCCUGGUCACCGUGAAAGGAGACGACGAAACGCAACCAUUCAUGGUGGCUUUUCUCAAAGCUGUUAACCAUGUGAAACCUAGAAUUGCUAGAGAUACCAGAACGAAGAAAGACACGUUGGAUGGCAUGAUGAGAGAUUACUCUAGAGAUGUAAAUAAACCGGCCCAAAGGAGUUGCAGAAUCGAGACUUUGUACAUCAGUUUCAAAGAUUUGAAAUGGCAGGAUUGGAUCAUCGCUCCUGACGGUUACGCUGCUUACUACUGCGUCGGAGAAUGUAAUUUUCCUCUUAACGCGCAUAUGAACGCAACCAACCACGCCAUCGUCCAGACCUUGGUCCACUUGAUGAACCCUUUGCGGACGCCGAAGCCUUGCUGUGCGCCGACUAAACUUGGCGCGAUUCCAGUUUUGUAUUUCUUAGAUGAUCAAGACCAAAACGUCACUUUGAAGAAGUAUAAAAAAAUGGUCGUUAAAACUUGCGGAUGCCAUUGAUAUGUUGUAUAUUUUGAGCUGUGUAUAUGAUGUAUAUUGUUUGAUCUGGGAGUUGGCUGUGCAGUACUACAAAGUGACUUUAGAUGGAGAUUUACUAUCCAUGCCAUUUUUUUAAUUUAGAAUUUGGCACAAGUUAAAUACUUACUUGUGCCCUUUUCUUCAAGUUUUAAUGUCAAAAGAUAUCGUAGACUGCUAUAAAUUUGUAAAUAAAUCCAUUUUGCCAUAAUUUGUUCUGUACAAUGGUUUAGGUUAUGGUGCUUUUGCAAAAAACUUUCAAGUGAGAGAUUCACCUAUGAAUAAUACCGUACUUUAAACUGCUUUCAUGAAUGACAUUCAGAUCUGUCAGUUGAUUGAUUCCCAGUUUCCUGCAUCGGCACUAUUGAGCCCUGUUAGUUUUCCAUUUCACACAUUGAUAGAAAAUAAUAGAAAAAACUAUUUACAAGAAAUCUCAACACCAAAUAGAAAAUUUUGCAGUAUGAUUAAUAUCAUUUGUUUCUCAGUUGUUUGGGCAAAAUUCCUAAAUGAAGUCAAACCAUAUAAUAGCCAAGAAUACUAGAAUACUAUAUACAAAUUCUGCGUAAAGAACUCGUGCAACUUUUACAGUUUAACAUUUUAUUUCUCCCGAGUUUUGUGAUAUACUUUUUAAUUAUGUCGUUUUUCGGGCGUCGCUUUCUACACUUUAUUUUCAACAACUUCCCAGACAAAAAUUAUGAGUGUCAUUUUAGGAAAUCAAGGUGGCAGUUUGAGGCAAAAAUCGCUAGAAUAUUAUUUUGAAAGUGAUUGUAAGAAAAAGACAAGAAAAAACAUAGUCUGCUGCUGCUUCUUUUUUUCUAAUAAAAAUGUUCAUUUAUGCUGCCUAGAGCCUACUAUAAAAGUACUGUAUAGCCAUUAUGAAAAUACAAUGAUGAAAUAAAAUUCUAUUGUAGAUAUUUUGAUACUUUGAGUAAAUCUUGACUUAUAAUCAGAUGAGAUUAUACAAUAGUCAACACCAAAGAAAUAAUUUUUUACAGGAGUAAAAGUGACCAUUGAUUUUCUUUUUAAUGUAAUCUUGUCUAGAUGUCUGUUGUACAUAAUGUCUAUAUCAAUUAACAAUGUGAUGGUUGAGGGGAUGGAUGAUUUUAUAACUUUUGUAUAAUAAAAAUUGAUAAAACUGAA